GAUCUUUUUCAAAGAAAAGAAAAUUUGUACUCCCUCGGUCUUAAAAUAUAAACGCAUUCUAGCUGACGUCAGCGACUUGGACCUGCUGGAAAUGAGAAUUGGACCCGUUCAACCUGACGAAAAUGCUGUUGCCGUCGUCGGCUUGUUCGCCUCGCCAUCAUCCCCUUUGUCCUCCCUCCACUCGAGAACCCGCAGGCAGGAGGAGGUGGAGCGCCCGCCAUGGCCGGCUCCGACCCCCUCCCGCAUCCAGGGCUAGCGAUCGUGGUGAUGGGAGUCAGCGGCUGCGGCAAAUCCACCGUCGCGGCAAUGCUCGCCGAAGCCUUGGGCUGCAGCUUCAUCGAAGCAGACGACUACCAUUCCCAGGCAAACAAAGCCAAGAUGAGCGAGGGCAUCCCGCUCUCCGACGCGGACCGCGCGCCGUGGCUGGAGUCGCUGCAGGACGCCAUCCGGGAGCGGCUGGACGGCGGCGAGGACGUGGCCGUGAGCUGCUCGGCGCUGCAGCUCAGGUACCGGGACGUGCUCCGGGCCGCCGACCGCGGCUACAGCUACAGGCCGGGGGAGUACGCCGCCUGCAGGGUGAAGUUCGUGUGCCUGCGGGCGUCGGCGGAGGUGAUCGCGGAGCGGAUGCUGCGGAGGUCGGCGGAAGGGAAGCACUUCAUGCCGGCGAGCCUGCUGCGGAGCCAGCUCGACCUGCUGCAGGUCGACGCCGCGGAGGGGGUCACGGAGUUCGAUGCCACGACGGUGCGCCCCGGCGACAUCGUCCGUGACACCGUUGCUCUGUUCAGGGAGGACCUGGCGUCGACAGUCCAUGCUUGAUUUGUUUCCGAAUGCGAUGCAAAUGCAAUGCAAUGUAAUUUCAUUCAUGAUUCAGUAUUCAUCAAAUGAUAAAGAACCUCCACGUUUCCAGACAAACUCUGAACAUGAUGCAAGCUCUCUACAA